AUGUACAGAGAGUUACCCGGAGGAUGGAACCCUGAUCCUCAAGCUUGGUCGGACAACCCUUCUUACACUGCAACCACAUCGUCCCUGUCGUCGGACAAGGAGAGGAUCCAGGCUAUUGAUUUUUCGUUUCUGGACAAUAAAAACAUCUGUUGCGGACUUUGUGGGGAGAUAAUACCUUAUGACCAGUUGAUCGAUGACCAUUUGCCAAAGAAUCACCCGAAUGUUUUUCGCGGAGACACUUCGACCGUCAGGGCGGUUCCUUUUGAACAAUGGCAAAAGAAACUCCAAGCCGAGCAGCGUGAUAUGGAAACCGGGUUCAAAAUGAUGGCUUACAAGGAGGCAGCUAGAGCUCCAAAACCGCCGGCGCCAAAUCGUCGACCUAGAAGAAACAUAUCGUUGAUUCGCGUCAACCCGCGGGACAUGACCAUCGAGCAGUUGGACGUUGCAUUACGUCGUAAGAUGUUCGAGAAACUCGGCCGUCAUGUUCCUGUGGCGUUGGUGGAUAAGAUACAUGCAAGAUGCGGCUUGUGUAACGCCAUCAUAUCACUGAACAAAAAGUUCGAAAUCAUUCACUUGUUGCUGACCCUCCAUGAUUUCGCCGUCGUCGAUGCCGGUGACGACACCGGCGAAAAUCUGCAGUGCAUCUGGUGCGGCACGUUCAUCGACUCGCAGUGUCUUGCUCAACAUUUCGGUGAUAUGCACUCGGACAACGUCGAAAUUCCCAAGUGUAACCUCUGCUUACAGGAACUCAUAUUGAAUGCGAGGUUUCAGGAGAAGUAUGCUGUCGAUUUCGCCAUCACGCUGCCUGAUGAGCAUCACAUCGAAUGCGGCCUUUGCGGAUCUUCGUUCAGUACCGAUGCGGCGAUCGAGGCUCACAUACGACGGCGUCAUAUCAGCGGUAUAUCGCCCGACAGUGAUCUGAACUACUUCUCAGAGGCGGAGGAGGUGGACAGCUACGACGAAGUAGGACCAGAAGCUUUUGCCAACAGUCGCAUGAUUCUUGGCAAGCGGAGGCGGCCCAAACGGCAGUUUAUUAUGCCAAUCAUGCGACAGGCUGCCCCCCUGAACUCGCAGUACGUGGAACCGAUAGCGGAAAGUCACUGGAAGUGUAAGCUGUGCGAUGGCGACAUCUUUGGAGCUGUAAUUAGUGCUGCUGCUAUCAAGCAUUAUAAAUUGAAUCACCUGCUGCAACUUGACCAUCUUCAGUACGAGCUUUGCUGCGCGCGUUUGGACCGCGUCAGCGACGGCUGCAUGGAGUUCUUGCACCCGCGACUGAUUGAGUGUCUGCUAUGUGAGCAGACGUUUAGUUUACACCAAGCAUUCAACAUGUGCCGCGCGAUUCGACAUCUCAAAGCGAAGCACCCGAAUCUGAUGCCAGAAUACGCUGGUCUGCAGCGGGAGGACAGCGGUGGUGCUGCCUACGGCCAGGACGACCCUUACUACACUGGUUAG